GCAAACGGACACACCGCCGCGAGCAAAGCUCCCGAUGGGUAAUCACCGCCUCCUCCUGCUGCUCUUCUUGCUCGCUGUCGUUGGCUCUGACCAUGGAGGUGUGCUCGCCGUCGACGAGUUCACCUACAACGGCUUCGGCGGCGCCAACCUCACGCUCGAUGGCAUGGCUGCCGUGGCGUCCAACGGCCUCCUCGUGCUCAGCAACGGCACGAACCAGAUGGCCGGACACGCGUUCCACCCGACGCCGGUUCGCCUGCGGGGAGGCGCGGGCGGCGCCGUCCAGUCCUUCUCGGCCGUGUUUGUCUUCGCCAUCGUGUCCAACUUCACCAUCCUGAGCGACAACGGCAUGGCGUUCGUGGUCGCGCCCAGCACGCGUCUCUCCACCUUCAACGCCGGCCAGUACCUCGGCAUACUCAACGUCAGUGACAACGGGAAGCCCGACAACAACAUCUUCGCCGUCGAGCUCGAUACCAUGCUCAACCCAGAGUUCCAGGACAUGAACAGCAACCACAUCGGCGUCGACAUCAACAGCAUGAGGUCCGUGCAGAACCACAGCGCCGGCUACUACGACGACACCACGGGGGUCUUCAACAACCUGAGCCUCAUCAGCCGACAGCCGAUGCAGGUGUGGGUGGACUACGACGGCGCCACCACGGUGCUCAACGUGACGAUGGCGCCGGUCAGCGUGCCCAAGCCCAAGCGUACUCUCAUCUCCGCGCCCGUCAACCUCUCGUCGGUCGUGACCGACACGGCGUACGUCGGGUUCUCGGCGGCCACGGGCGUCAUCUUCACGCGGCACUACGUUCUUGGCUGGAGCUUCGCCUUGAACGGCACCGCUCCUCCUCUCGACACCUCGAGACUCCCGGCGCUGCCGCGGUUCGGCCCGAAGCCCCGUUCCAAGGUGCUUGAGAUCGUGCUCCCGAUCGCCACCGCGGCGUUCGUCCUCGCGUUGGUCGUCGCCGCCUUCUUGUUCGUGCGGAGGCGGGUGAGGUACGCCGAGGUGCGCGAGGACUGGGAGGUGGAGUUCGGCCCUCACCGCUUCUCCUACAAGGAGCUCUACCAGGCGACCAAGGGGUUCAAGAACAAACAGCUGCUCGGCACCGGCGGAUUCGGCAGGGUGUACAAGGGCGUGCUCGCAAAAUCCAAUCUUGAGAUCGCCGUGAAGAGGGUGUCGCAUGACUCGAAGCAGGGGAUGAAGGAGUUCAUCGCCGAGGUCGUCAGCAUCGGCCAUCUCCGGCACCGGAACCUCGUGCAGCUGCUCGGCUACUGCCGCCGCAAGGGCGAGCUCCUGCUGGUGUACGACUACAUGUCCAACGGCAGCCUCGACAAGUACUUGUACGACAAGACCAAGCCUGUUCUUGAUUGGGGGCAGAGGUUUCAGAUCAUCAAGGGCGUCGCCGCCGGCCUGCUUUACCUCCACGAGGACUGGGAGAAGGUCGUCAUCCACCGAGACAUCAAGGCGAGCAAUGUGCUCCUUGACGGGGAUAUGAACGGCAGGCUGGGUGACUUCGGCCUCGCGAGGCUGUACGACCACGGCGUCGACCCGCAGACGACGCACGUCGUCGGCACCAUGGGGUACCUGGCCCCGGAGCUGGUGCGCACGGGCAAGGCGACGCCGGUCACCGACGUGUUCGCGUUCGGCGUGUUCGUGCUGGAGGUCACCUGCGGGCGGCGGCCGCUCGGCUGCAUCGCGCCCGACGACCAGAACGUGCUGCUGGACUGGGUGCAGGACCACGAGCGCCGGAGCGCGGCCCUCGACACUGUGGACGCGAGGCUGUGCGGCAAGUACGACGCCGACGAGGCGAGGCUGGCGCUCAAGCUGGGCCUGAUGUGCGCGCACCCCUUGCCCGACGCGCGCCCCACCAUGCGCCAGGUCACGCAGUACCUCGACGGCGACGCGCCCAUGCCGGAGGUGGCCCCGACGUUCAUGAGCUACACCAUGCUGGCGAUGAUGCAGAACGACGGCUUCGAUUCGUUCGCCAUGUCCUUCCCUUCCACCGUCACGACGAGCGCCAGCCCCAUGUCAGCCGACUUCUCGGCCGUGUCCGGCCUCUCCGGUGGAAGGUGAACAAACCUCCAAACAGCACAUCCGCCGUAAUAACGCCAAUUACAACAACCCGUACGUCAACAAAGUGUAGAGCACUAGUAACUUAGUAAGGUCACUGUUCACAGCUGAUUACCA